UGUUUCUUCCCCCCUACGAAGUACGAAGCCUAAAUAAAAGGAAAAUAUGACGAUGCUCCGUGGAAGCCUGUUGGCAUGACCUUCCAUUAUUUCGGCAGAUAGCCAGCGAACUUCUCAGUCUUCCCUGUCCCUCGAAUGAUAUUUCUUCUUGCUCAGUUUUGCUGUUCUCAAGCCCUCAGAGUCUCAGUCAUUUCCAGAUGGCUCAGCAAGCUGCGUCCUCUUCUCUCGCCUACAAAUGGACGUACGACGUGUUCCUUAGCUUUCGAGGUGAGGAUACUCGCUUGAAUUUCAUCGGCCAUCUAUACGAUUCUCUCCGUCAAAGUGGAAUCCAUUCCUUCAUCGAUGAUGAAUCCCUUUGGGCAGGGGAAGAAAUCAAACCCUCUCUUUUGAGAGCCAUACAAGAAUCCAGGAUUGCUAUCAUAGUCUUCUCCGAAAACUAUGCAUCCUCGACGUUCUGUCUGGACGAACUUGCCGAGAUUAUGGAUUGCUUCAAAGAAGAAGGUCGGUUGGUGUAUCCGGUGUUUUAUUACGUGGAUCCUUCAGAAGUGAGGCAUCAAGCAGGGAGCUAUGGAGAAGCACUGGCUCACUUGCAGAAAAGAUUGGAAAACACAGAGCAGAAGCUGCAAAAGUGGAGGUUGGCUUUGUCUGAAGCAGCUAACUUGUCUGGUUGGCAUCUCAAACCUGGGAUUGCAAAAGAACAAGAGUAUAUUAAAAGGAUCACAAGUGAAGUUUCUGCAAGGAUUAAUCGUAUACCUUUGCAUGUUACUGAUUAUUCAAUUGGACUCGAGUCUCGAGUACGAGAAGUUAUCUCACUUCUAGAUAUUUGGUCUGACGAGGAAGUCAAAAUGGUAGGAAUUGGUGGAAUUGGUGGAAUAGGUAAAUCAACAAUUGCAAGAGGUGUGUGUAACUCUGUGGCUGAUCAUUUUGAAGAUUUAUGUUUUCUUUCUAAUGUUAGAGAACUCUCUAGUAAGCAAGGCUUGUCUCAUCUCCAAGGGAAAUUACUUUACGAAAUAAUCAAGGAGAAAAAACUCAGAUUGGGUGAUCUCCACAGAGGGAUUUCAAUAAUAAAACACAGGCUCCAACGAAAGAAGAUUCUUUUAAUCCUUGAUGAUGUUGAUAAAUUGGAACAGUUACGAGCACUGGCUGGAACAUGUGAUUGGUUUGGCCGUGGAAGUAGGAUUAUCAUUACGACAAGGAAUAAACAAUUGUUAGCUGGUCAUGGGGUUGAAAGAAUUUAUAAUGUAAAGGAGUUAAGUUAUGAGGAAUCUCUUCAGUUAAUUAGCUGGAAUGCCUUUAAAAAGAGAAAUCUGAAUUCUGAGUACGUAGAUGUUUUAAAUCGGGCAGUGCUUUACUCUUGUGGCCUUCCAUUAGUUUUGGAAGUGAUUGGUUCUAACUUGUGUGGUAAAAGUAUCAAUGAGUGGAAUUCUGGAUUAGAUCAAUAUGAAACAAUACCCAAUAGUGAAAUUUUUGAGGUCCUCAAAUUAAGCUUUGAUGGUCUAGAGGAAAAGGAGAAGGAAAUUUUCCUUGAUUUAGCUUGUUUUCUCAAAGGUGAGAAAUUAGAAGAGGUUAAGGGUAUGUUGCAAAGUCUGCAUGAAAUCCCACCAGAAUAUGCUAUUGGAGUGCUUGUUGACAAAUCUUUAGUGAACAUUCGAGAGAAUCGUCUCACGAUGCAUGACUUGAUUGAAGAUAUGGGUAAAGAAAUUGUUCGACGACAAUCACCAAAUGAGCCAGGUGAGCGUAGUAGGCUAUGGUGCUUCAAGGACAUUCUUCAUAUCUUACAAGAAAACAUGGGAACGAAGAAAAUUCAAGUCAUGAUACUAGACUUACCCCAAGAUAAGGAAGUACGAUGGAAUGGAAAGGGAUUCAUGAAGAUGAAGAACCUUAAGGUUCUUGUGGUAAAAAAUGCAUGCUUUUCUCAACGUCCCAAAUAUCUUCCAAAUAGUUUAAGGGUGCUGGUCUGGAAAGGGUAUCCUUUCAAAUUUUUACCAUCCGAUUUUCAUCCAACAAAACUUGUCUAUAUCAACUUGUCUGAUAGUUAUUGUCACUUGCUGCCAUUUGUUAAGAUGUUCGAGAGCUUAAGCUGCAUGGAUUUUAAAAAUUGUAAAUUUCUAAGGCAGAUACCGGAUCUGUCAGGAGCUUCUAAUUUAAGAGAAUUGUGGCUUGAUGGUUGCACAAAUUUAAUCCAAAUUCAUGAGUCGGUUGGAUUUUUGAAUAAUUUGAGAGAAUUGAGUGCGAUGAAAUGCAAGAGCUUGAGGAUUUUGCCAUCUAGCUUCACAUUGACAUCUCUUGAAUGUCUCAACUUUUUUGGCUGUUCCAGCCUUCAAAGUUUUCCACAAAUACUAGACAAAAUGGAAAAGAUGAAAGUACUUGAAUUAGGCAGAACAGCUGUACAAGAAUUGCCAUCAUCAAUUUGCAAUCUUGUUGGGCUUGAAAUCUUGAACAUGGAGGAGUGUCAUCAUCUAAAGAGGCUUCCCGUUGAUAUUUGUAUGCUGCCAAACCUUUGCGAAUUAAGAGCAAAUUUCUGUGUUAUGAUGAACAAUUUUGAGAUGGGCCAAGGUGGAGAACAAAGAAUCUCAAACCCCAGAGGAUUGUCAUUGACACAUGUUUGGUUCUCAAAUUGCAAUUUAUCAAAUGGUUUUCUUGCUUUUGGCCUUUCUUACUUGCCUAAUUUAAUACAUUUAGAUCUAAGUUUCAAUAAUUUCACAACCCUUCCAGCAUGCAUAGAAGAUUGUCACUAUUUGAAUUGUCUUUUGUUGGAUAAUUGCAAGCUGCUUAAGUAUAUUGAUGGGGUGCCACCAAAUCUAGAAAAAUUUAGUGCUACAUGUUGCCCAUCAUUAAGCCAAUUGUCCAGAAGCCUAGUAUUGAAACAGGUUUUCUCUCAACAACCUGGAAGGAAAAACUUUAUUUUGCCUGGAAAGACGAUCCCAGAAUGGUUCCACAAGUAUAGCCGAGGAUGUUCUCCAUCCUUUUGGGUUCGUGAAGAGUUCCCACUGAUUUGUCUGUGCUUUCUUAUUAGAGAUGACAGGAAUUCCGUCGGCAACUAUACAUUCUCGCUAUUUGUGGAUGGCAUAGUGAUGGGGAUUUCUUCAGCGUGCUUGCCGCUAUCAGAGAUGAAACCAAAUCAUUUGUAUGUUUGUGAUUUACAGAGCAUGAUUCCCAACACUAAACUCCCCCUGCCAAAUAACUGGAAGCGAGUGGAAAUUUCCAUCAAGGACGGCUCGAACAGUGAUGAUGAGAACGUUUAUUGUGCAGUUCAUACAAACAAGAAUGAAAAUAAUAGAAAAAAUAUCAGCUUUACGGACCCUAAUCCUACGAUGGAAAUGUCUGAUGCCAAAACACAACCUUGGGGAGAAACUAAGCACAUCGUUUCCUGCUACUUGUUCUCACAUACUGAUUUUUUUCACGCUUCUCUUGUCAGGUGAUUGGCUGGGGAGAAAAGUGUGGGGAAGUGAAAAAUGUGAUAGAAAAGUGAGAGAAAUUCUAUUUUUUUUUGGAUCAAAAAUGCAGAUUUUUCAUAUCAAUUGGCCACAUCUUUUAUAUUUUCUGAUGAGGAUAUUGGGUUGUAUUAUUUAUUGAUUUAGAUUGUUGUAAUUGUGAUUAAAAUAUAAUAGAAUAUUUUUAAAGUAGUGUUUGGUUGGAGGGGAGGGGAGGGGAGGAGGGAGAAAAUUUUAAAAAAGCUCCCCUCCCCUCCAUCUUACCAAACAAGGGGAAGGGUUUAAAAUUUUCUCUCCCCUCCCCCUCCUUCCCUCACCUCCUCUCACUUCCUUUUCCCUCCUUC